AUGGAAAGCUUGUUUGAUUUCGCGCACGGGGCCGGUGGUUGGGCGGCUGCGAAUCGUUUGGCACAGGUUUUGCUCCAGCGACACGAGUCCUAUCUGAAUGGGGCGGAGCAACAGAAGGCACAGCAAAUUCUUACGACCACCCAGCACAGCCGCCUUUCCGGGCGUGUGGGGACGGAGAUCGCCAGCGCAUGUCCUGCCUGCAGAGCUCCAGCAGACUUCCUCGCGCUGAGUUGCGACAGUUGCCAUGCCGUGUUUGGAGUCGACUUCAGAGACCUCACUGUUUGUGAUCUACGACAAGCCAAGACUUGCACCGUGUGCAGAGCAACCUUUGGCAGUGCAAAGUUGGAGCAGCCCGAGCGCAGAAG